AUGCCUUUGGUCAACAACACCCAGUUUCACCCCUCCUCCUUUGUCCUGCUGGGGAUUCCAGGUCUGGGUUUUCAUAUAUGGAUUGCUUUCCCAUUCUGUUUUGUGUAUCUGACUUCCCUUGUGGGAAACCUCACCAUUCUCUUCCUAAUCAAGACUGAACAAAGCCUCCACCAGCCCAUGUUCUACUUUCUGGCCACAUUGUCUAUGAUUGAUCUGUGUCUAUCUACAUCCACCAUCCCCAAAAUGCUGGGCAUCUUCUGGUUCAAUCUCCAGGAGAUCAGUUUCGGGGGCUGCCUUGCUCAGAUGUUCUUCAUCCAUAUAUGCACUGGUCUAGAAUCUGUGGUGCUGACAGUAAUGGCCAUAGAUCACUCUAUUGCUAUAUGUAACCCACUGAGGUAUAGCAUGAUCCUUACCAACAAGGUGGUAGCUAUUCUGGGAGUAGUCAUCAUAGUCAGGAUGUUGGUGUUUGUGACUCCGUUUAUAUUUCUUAUCUUGAGGUUGCCUUUCUGUGGUGUCCAGAUUGUCCCCCAUACCUAUUGUGAACACAUGGGUUUGGCAAAGUUAGCAUGUGCCAGUAUCAGGGUCAAUGUCAUUUAUGGAUUAAUUGCUUUCUCAGUGGGAUACAUUGAUCUAUCUGUGAUUGGCUUUUCCUACGUCCGGAUUCUCCAAGCGGUCUUCCGCCUUCCAUCCUGGGAUGCUCAGCUCAAGGCCCUUAGCACAUGUGGCUCCCAUGUCUGUGUCAUGUUAGCCUUUUACCUGUCAGCUCUCUUCUCCUUCAUGACACACCGCUUUGGCCACAAUAUCCCUGAUUACAUUCACAUACUUCUAGCCAAUAUGUAUGUGGUUGUUCCUCCUGCCCUGAACCCUGUUAUCUAUGGAGUCAGAACAAAACAGAUAAGGGAGAGAGUACUAAGAAUGCUUAAUCCUAAAGCCCAGUGA